CUAGAGGGAGAUGUCAGUCAAUUUUUCUUCAUGAGAAUAGAGACGUGAAAUAAAAUUAUCCAUACAAGAGCUCGAAAGUUACCUAUACGAAAUAGACGAAUUUACGAACAGUAAGCCUAUAAUUACGAUGGGAAAGCAGUUGAAGUGAUACGGUAUACUUUUAGAAUUCAGUUUUUAUUGUGUUUAGUUGGUUUAGUUAUACUGUGUUUGUUUUCAUUGUACAGUGAAAAACGACUGCACGAACAUUGAUGUGAAGAAAAAUACGUGAUUGUGUGUACAAUAUGCGCAGAGUGUUGAUUACGAAUGACAUCUGUUAACAAAAAGAAAACAGUGAUAUAGAAGAUAUUCACAACAUUAUAGCAGUAUGAGUACAACGGAGACGAUCAACGUGACGCCGCAGCCGAUGUCGGACAUAGUCCAUAAGAUGCUGAAGCCGCUGCAGGAGCCGAUGUUCCUGCAGACGCGCACCGCUCAGAUCAUCGCCGGCGUGUUCGUGUGGACGGCGUUGUUCAUUACUUGCCAACAGAUCUACCAGCACCUGCGCUGGUAUACGAACCCAUCGGAGCAGCGUUGGAUAGUGCGCAUCCUGUUCAUCGUGCCGAUAUACGGAUGCUACAGUUGGAUCUCGCUGCUAUUCUUCAACGCCGACUCUUACUACGUGUACUUCUUUACAGUCAGGGACUGUUAUGAAGCGUUCGUGAUAUACAGUUUCCUGUCGCUAUGCUACGAGUACCUGGGCGGCGAGGGGAACAUCAUGUCGGAGCUGCGCGGGCGGCCGGUGCGCGCGUCGUGCGUGAACGGCACGUGCUGCCUCGCCGGCGCCACCUACACCAUCGGGUUCCUGCGCUUCUGCAAGCAGGCCACGCUUCAGUUCUGCCUGAUCAAGCCUGUCUGCGCGUUCAUCAUUAUAUUCUUGCAGGCGUUCGGCCACUACCACGACGGCGACUGGAGCCCGAACGGCGGUUACAUCUACAUCACUGUAGUGUACAACUUCUCCGUGAGCUUGGCGUUGUACGGACUGUUCCUGUUCCUCGGCGCCACCAGGGAGAUGCUGAAGCCGUUCGACCCGGUGCUCAAGUUCUUCACCGUCAAGUCUGUCAUUUUCCUGUCGUUCUGGCAAGGUGUCGCUCUGGCCAUCCUCGAGAAGGCGGAGGUGAUCUCGCCGAUAGUGGACAGUGACGGCGUGCCGACGACGGCGGGUACGGUGUCCGCGGGCUACCAGAACUUCCUCAUCUGCCUCGAGAUGUUGGCGGCGGCGGUGGCGCUGCGCUACGCCUUCCCCGCCGCUGUGUAUGCGCAUGCGCACCGCGACCCGCACCGCUCCGUCACCAUGCAGUCCAUCUCCAGCAGCCUUAAGGAGACAAUGAACCCCAAGGACAUAAUGACGGACGCGUUCCACAACUUCCACCCGCAGUACCAGCAGUACACUCAGUACAGUUCGGUGAUGCGCGGGCGCACGGAGGCGGGCAAGCGCGGGGAGGAGGGCGCCGCGCUGGCGCCGCGCCCGCCGCCGCAGCGCGUCGCCACCAUCUGCCACGCCACCAACUACCACGAGAAGACCACGCUCCUCAGCUCCGAUGACGAAUUUCAGUGAAUUUACUAAGUAAGGUUACAUGCAUUACGGCCCCAUGAUUCAAAUUCCUUUGCCGGUAAAAAUGCAGUCGCUGUAAACAUCGUCGCUUGCCAUUUGCCAAAGACUUGGAAGAUGCUAUUUUGAGCCUUUCAAACGCGUUACUGCGUCACGCUUGCGCCAGUCGGACCAAAUAUUUUCAGUUUAUUUCUAUACGAUAUGACUAGUCUUAUUUUUAGAAACCACUUUAAUUUACCUGAAACACGAGGAAAAAGUGUGUGUAUUAUUGUAGCACUAUAAAUGUUCCUGAAUCACUUGCCGUUUUAGUAUAAAUCUUAUAAAUUGAUGGUUGAAUUUUGUUAAUGCAUUAAACAUCGUCGAACUGUUUACUAACAAUCCCAAUUGACAACUGCCUGUGAAAGUACCGAAGUCAAUUCAAUUGAACAUCUAAUUAAUUGAAAGUUUGCUUACCAGUAAUCUUAAUCAUAGCUGUUCAUGGGCAGAAAGAAAAGAUCUGUUAGAAAGUUAGAGGAUUGUGUGAAUUGACACAAAAAAAAUCCUUAGUACACUUUUCAAAUCGAAGUGGUUACAUAAUGGAUAAGAAUAAUUUCGCAUUUAUUUAAAACUACUUGGGAAACAAAUUAGCACGUUUCCGGUUGUUUUGCUAGUAUGUUAAAUUACAAGUUAUAUAAGACAUAUGAAAAUUAUUAGGCUGGUAAUACACAGUCAUUAUUAUUAUCAGUGGACAAUCUCGUAGGUCGUAUCCAGUAUCUGUCAUUAUCUAAACUUGCCUUUCGGAUUGUAGUUUCUAACGUACGAUGAGAUUUCAAUAUGAGAGUAGUGGACGGAUUUACCUAACAUUGUAUAAUGUAUGUAAAUUAAUAUUUAAACGAAUAAAUCAAACUAUUUAAAUGUACAGGCCAUUUGAAAUUAUUAAUAUCUAUACGUAGAUCUAUAUUAAAAAGUAAUAGAGGGUUGACAGUUUAUAAUACUAAGUAAUUUUAUUUUAAUAUAUAUUUUCAACUUAAACGAAAUAGAUGACAGUAUACGCUACUACAUAUGGGCCAUACAGCACUGCCUAACAGAUUGUUUUAUUGCACAAUGUACAGUUACUAAAAGUGCCAUAAACUAAAUAAGAAAUUUCGACCUUUCUAAAAUAUAAAUUUAUCUAUGCACAUAAACCAAGCGUUGAUAAUAAGCUUAAUUGCGCUUCGCCGUCCAAAAUUGUUGAUCGUUUUGUCACACAGAAUUUAAUGUCUUCAAACUGUACAUUUCCCCACGCAUCUAAA